UAUCAUUAAACUUUUACCAAAAAUUCUAAUAAUUAAAAAAAAAAUUGAAUAAGAGAUUGUUACAUGCAUACACAUUUCUGGGAACUUUGUCCAGUUUUCAAUAGUUCCACCACCCCAUUUUCACAGGGAGCACACCCCCAGAGCACCGCCAGAAACACAGAGUGAGUACCGGCGCCGGUCCAUAUUUCCGGUUUCCCUUUCGAUAAUGCUAGCCCUCUGCUUCUCCCAGCGCCUGGUGCAGCCGAGUCACCGGCUGUCUCGGGUUCCGGUCAUCGGCAUUUCGAGUAGAAACUCGAGCUCACUUGCACGCGUCCCCAAAACGAAAUGCUGCGCUCUCUCGAAUCAAUCGUUGGUUACUGAUGCAAGCAAGUUUCUUGAAGCUUCAAAGAAUGGAAAUUUGGUUCCUCUUUACAAAUGCAUUUUCUCUGACCAGCUCACUCCGGUUCUUGCAUAUCGAUGCUUGGUUAACGAGGACGAUCGAGAGGCUCCAAGCUUUCUGUUUGAAUCAGUGGAGCAAAACUUGCAGGGGCGCUUCAGCGUUGUUGGAGCUCAACCAACGAUCGAAAUCGUGGCAAAAGAAAAUAAGGUGACGAUAAUGGAUCAUGAAGAAGGGCGCAUGACUGAGGAGUUCGUCGAGGAUCCAAUGGUUAUUCCCAGAAGAAUCUCGGAGGGUUGGUGUCCUAGUCCUCUACUUAUUGAUGACCUUCCUGAUGCGUUUUGUGGUGGCUGGGUAGGUUAUUUUACGUAUGAUACAGUUCGGUAUGUGGAGAAAAGAAGACUGCCGUUCUCAAAGGCCCCCGAGGAUGACAGGAAUCUUCCGGACAUACAUUUAGGGCUCUAUGAUGAGGUCAUAGUGUUUGAUCAUGUGGAGAAGAGAGUUUAUGUGAUUCAUUGGGUGAGGUUAGAACGGUACUCCUCGGUUGAGGAAGCUUAUACAGACGGAGUGAAACGUUUGGAGGAUUUAGUGGCUAGAGUGCACGACGUCGACCUCCCAAGGCUAUCUCCAGGAUCGAUGAAUCUACAUACUCGCCAAUUCGGUCCUCCGCUAAAGAAUUCAAGCAUGACAAGUGAGGAUUACAAGGACAAGGUUAAGCAAGCAAAAGAACAUAUACUUGCAGGGGAUAUUUUCCAGAUUGUAUUAAGUCAGAGAUUUGAACGUCGAACGUUUGCCGACCCAUUUGAAGUUUACAGAGCCUUGAGGACUGUAAAUCCCAGCCCAUAUUUGACUUACUUGCAGGCUCGAGGGUGCAUCCUGGUUGCUUCAAGUCCAGAAAUUCUUAUGACUCUGAAGAAGAAAAAGAUCGUGAAUCGGCCGUUAGCUGGAACCGUUAGAAGAGGGAAGACUGUCGAGGAAGAUAAAAAGUUCGAACUGCAGCUCCUUGACGAUGAAAAGCAAUGUGCAGAACACAUCAUGCUGGUUGAUCUGGGUCGAAACGACGUCGGAAAGGUCUCCAAAUACGGUUCUGUGAAGGUGGAUACAUUGAUGAACGUUGAACGGUAUUCCCACGUAAUGCACAUAAGCUCCACGGUUACGGGAGAGCUGCGUGAUGAUCUCACUUGCUGGGAUGCCCUGCGAGCUGCAUUGCCCGUCGGAACUGUUAGUGGAGCACCGAAGGUGAAGGCCAUGGAGUUAAUUGAUGAACUGGAGGUAACAAGGCGUGGCCCGUACAGCGGUGGGUUUGGAGGGGUUUCCUUUACAGGUGACAUGGACAUUGCUCUAGCUCUGAGGACCAUGGUGUUUACAACAGGAUCCCGUUUUGACACAAUGUACUCUUACAAAGAUGCCAACCGGCGCAGGGAAUGGGUCGCUCAUCUUCAAGCUGGUGCCGGCAUAGUGGCUGACAGUGACCCGGAUGAUGAAAACCAAGAGUGCCAGAACAAAGCUGCCGGUCUCGCUCGUGCCAUCGACUUGGCGGAGGCAGCAUUUGUUAAGGAAUGAGAGAGUGUGUUCCUUCCAGUUGUCUAUGUAAUAUAGUUCUCAACUCUCGAGUGCACACAGCUUGGUUAUCCAAGCCUCGUGCCAAAUCUGCUUGGAUAGCCUUCAAGGAUGACGAUGAACUUCUGGGAGCACUAAGCUCGAGAAAUAAUUCACAACUAUGGUGAAUGCAGUGCAAAACAAACUGCAGAAACAAAACCAGGAACUUUCUUGGGAUUCAACUUU